AAAAUGUAUUUUACAUUUUAGGAUGGAGGAAAACAAAGUGCUGGCAAAAAAGAGGCUACGGGUUCCCACUCAGAAAAUGAAGGACCUGAGCUCCCCUCCCCCAAAUGAGCAAUCUGGGUGUGUUGCAUUUGUCAGAUGGGAGGAUGGUUAUACCGGCAAAAUCUUUAAAGGAUCUGACAUUUUGGCAAGAGAUGAGGCUCCUGUGCAGCUGCAAGAUCUUAGAUCAGGAGACCCUGUUUUAGCAAAGUGGUCAGAUGGUAAAUUUUAUAAGGCCACUGUUGAAUAUAUUUCAGGGGAAGAUCAGGCUAAGCUGCCAAAAGGCCACCCAACUCCACAGGAGUCCUUUUUAAAUAUGUUAAAAGGCGAUGAGCCAUCAGACAUAACGUCAGGGUCUGACACCAUUAUAAUAGAUAGGAGCCCACUGUCUGAGCAUGGCGAGAAAAUCCCAUCGCUGAAUCCAUCACCUGACGGGGGACAUGCAACAGGCCGCAACACAGCUGGACCACCACCCGAUGGCUCUGCCAAAGGGGGGGACCAUGGUCCAUCACCCUACAGAGGCCAUACACCCAGCCCAUCACCGUACAGCCUCAACACCUCUGGUCCAUCACCUGGUGGAGGCCAUGCAGCCAGCCCAUCAGCGUACAGCCUCAACACCUCUGGUCCAUCACCUGGUAGAGGCCAUGCAGCCAGCCCAUCAGCGUACAGCCUCAACACCAUUGGUCCAUCACCCUUACGAGGCCAUACACCCAGCCCAUCACUGUACAGCCUCAACACCCCUGGUCCAUCACCUGGUGGAGGCCAUACACCCAGUCCAUCACUGUAUGACCUCACACACCUCUGGUCCCUCACCUGGUGGAGGCCCAAUACACCCAAGCCCAAUCACCGUACAGACCCUCCAACACCUCUGGCCAUGCACCCAGCCCAUCACCGUACAGCCUCCACACCUCUGGUCCAUCACCUGGCGGAGGCCAUGCAGCAAGCUCACCGUUAUACAGCCUCAACACCUCUGGUCCAUCACCUGGUGGAGGCCAUACACCCAGCCCAUCACCGUACCACAACACCUCUGGUCCAUCACCUGGUGGAGGCCAUGCAGCCAGCCCAUCACCCGUACAGCCUCAACACCUCUGGUCCAUCACUGGUGGAGGCCAUGCAGCCAGCCCAUCACCCGUACAGCAUCAACACUUCUGGUCCAUCACCUGGUGGAGGCCAUGCAGCCAGCCCAUCACCGUACAGCCUCAACACCUCUGGUCCAUCACCUGGUGGGAGGCCAUGCAGCCAGGCCCAUCACCGUACAGCCUCAACACCUCUGGUCCAUCACCUGGUGGAGGCCAUGUGCAGCCAGCCAUCACCGUACAGCCUCAACACCUCUGGUCCCAUCACCUGGCAGAGGCCCCAUGCAGACCAGCCCGCAAGAAAAUGCAUGGACACCAUAUCAGGAUUGUAA